CUUUUCUUCUUUUUUCUCUCCUCAUUUUCAUCCCUGCAUUCUGCAAUUUGUGGAGAUUCUACUAAUAUCAAAUAAUUUACCCCAAAUAAAGUGCCAAGAUAUUCUAACUGCACAAAUGAGUGGAUCGUACUGACGACAGGAUGUGGGAUAUCACUGGAUAUGUGAAUUUAAGAAAGGUUUUCAGACUUCCUCCAGCACCUGUUCCUCUGGUUCCCAAACGCAGAGCAGAUGGACACCGACUUGACCUCAUUUAGUUUGAUUUGCGGCGUUAUGUUUCCAGCAACUGGACAAACGGCGGUGCAGAUUUUUUUAUUUUCUCAACCGUGACUUGGAAAACAGAAAAUCCUUCCUCUGUCACCUGCAGUGACGAACCAUUGAGCUCCGAGGAAAGACGCGCGUGGGUCAAUAUAAAUUCCAAUCAGGCUUUCAAGGAUAUUUGGAAGUUUUGUGCGCGCUUCCCCUGAGGUGGUGGAGGUGGUCCGUCCUCCUGAGGGAUGGUUCACAGCUGCCCGGACCAGGGAGCGACAGCCCGGCUCCUUCAGUGGACCCUCGCCCCGUGCCGGUGCCUCUGCGGUGUGUCUGAGAGGAGAUGAGAGCCGCGGUCUACCACCUCCUCGCCGGCUACCUUUGCCUGUUACGCGCCGCUGCAGAGGAGUCUCCGCUCCCCCGGGAGCUGCUGGAGCGCCUCUCCCGCAGCGAGAUCCGCAGCAUCAGCGACCUCCAGCGGCUGCUAGAGAUAGACUCCGUAGAGAACGAAGUGAUUGAGGAGACCAAACACAGCUACCACAAGGACUUCUCUCACAGCUACCCUGACCCGAAGAGGACACACACCCGGCACAGACGGAGCAUCGUGGUGGAAGAGGCUCAGCCAGCUGUGUGCAAAGUGCGGACAACAAUUUAUGAGAUCCCCCGGAGCCAGGUGGAUCCCACCGCCGCCAACUUCAUCAUCUGGCCUCCGUGCGUGGAGGUGAAGCGCUGCACCGGCUGCUGCAACACCAGCAACAUGAGGUGCCAGGCGGCCCGGAAGCACCACCGCACCGUCAAGGUGGCGAAGGUGGAGUACGUGCGGCGCCGGCCCAAGCUGAGGGAGGUGCAGGUGAAGCUGGAGGACCACUUGGAGUGCAUGUGCACCAACAGGCGCCACGUCAGCCCCAACGCCAACACAGACAACGGCGUCAGGUGAGGAGCGACCGCCGGAUGACGGAGAGCGGAUCUCAGCACGCCAUGUCGGAGGGGUUUGACGGAGGACGACCGGCUCUCCUGGACCUCGGCUCUACUUUGAGACGCUGAACGUUGAAAAGCGUCAAACUGAAAGUGACGAUUCCUCGGCGGAGAAAAGACGUGAUUUGGAUCCCCGGUGGCGGCGGAAGAGCCGAGGGGGGGCCGCUCGGACGCUGAAGGACUUCCUGUCUGCGCCCCGCUCCUUCUCCGGGAAUAAACCGCUCAGAGGAUCAGAUUAUAAACUGAAAUGAAUCCUUUCUAGAAACAGUGACCGGGAUUAGGUUUUUUUUUUUUUUUGUACUCCAAGAUUUACUCUUCCUCAGCAAAACACUCGCACACAUGCACGUAUAUCCUCUUAUUUUUGUAACCACUCAUUUUCUAUUGCUGUCUGUUUCUAUCUCUGGUGUGUAUCCGCAUAAAGAACUGAGGGGGUGAAGGAUCCUCCUGACUUGUUACU